AUGGCAGGUCGCGGCUGUUUUAACUGCGGAGGAUUCGGCCACCAGGCCGCCAACUGCCCCAAGGCUGGCACCCCAACCUGUUACAACUGUGGCCUCGAAGGCCACGUCUCCAAGGACUGCACGGCGGAGACCAAGGCAAAGACCUGUUACAAAUGCGGGCAGGAGGGCCACAUCUCGCGUGAAUGCCCGGACAACCAAAACGCCAACGGCGGCACUAGCGGAGGCGGCAGCUACACCGCUUUCAGCAGCAGCAACUCGGGCAGCACCGAGUGCUACCGCUGCGGUAAGGUGGGCCACAUCGCCCGCUCCUGCCCCGAGGCUCCCGGCGGAACCAGUGGUGGAUACGGCGGCGGCGGAUACUCCAACUUCGGGGGAGGUCAGCAGAGAACCUGCUAUACGUGCGGUGGCGUUGGUCACCUGAGCCGCGACUGUGUGCAAGGCUCCAAAUGUUACAAUUGCUCGGGCUUCGGCCACAUUUCCAAGGACUGCCCCCAGCCGCAGCGCCGUGCGUGCUACACCUGCGGGUCUGAGGGGCACAUUUCCCGCGACUGUCCUAACAACACGGCUACGACUGCUGCCGCUGAGGGCGCCUGA